ACCAUUCAUCAGAUUGAUUAUCUGAAUUUAACUUACAAACUCUAGGCUUUGCACUCGAUUCUUGCACAAUUCAUUCACAUAUUGCCUGUUAUCUAAUACAAGCAAUAUGUCCAAUACCUUCAACUCCGCUCAUCCUCAAACUCGUCCCGUGUGGCUGAUCAUCGGCGCAUCAUCUGGAAUUGGUCAGGAGAUUGCACGUAAAGUGCAGCCCUUUGCCACAGUCAUUGCGGUUGGAAGGAACCAGUCAGCACUAGAAGGUCUUGCUAAGAUCGGAUGUAAAACGCUCCAGCUUGAUUUGACAAGCUCAGAUGCGAUCAUACGCCGAGCUAUUGAUGACAUAAUUCGGCAAGAGGGCUUCGUUGACUUUGUAGUAAACGUGGCAGGAUAUCUUCUGGAAGGAGGUGUGGAAGAGCAUGGCGAUAUGGAGAUUCAACAUGUGUUCGAAACACAUGUAUUUGGACCAUUACGAGUGUUUAGAGCGGUACUUCCUUACAUGCGAGAGGAAAGACGUGGAGUUAUUGCUCAUCUAGCAGGUAUUGGCGGCUUGCAAGGUGCUCCUAAUGCAGGAGUAUUCUGUGCUUCUAAAGCUGCAGCUGCUACAGUUAUCGAAGCUUUCCAAAAGGAGGUCGCCCCGCUAGGUAUUCGGAUGUGCCUGAUUCAACUUGGCCAUUUCCGCACUCCAUUCCUCUCUCGAGGACAUCGACGUAAGGUGCAGGCUCGCAUUACUGAUUAUAAUCCGAUUCUGGAGCCUAUCAGGCAUAUCUUCGAUAAGUUUGAUGGUGCGCAACAGGGGGAUCCGAUCAAAGCCGCGAACGUUAUUGUGGAAGCUCUGACAAUGGAUCCAAACAAUGUACCACUCUUGCUACCUGUGGGAGCAGACGUGCCUGCCGUCGAGCUCAAGGCCCAUGAGGUUCGUGUAGAGAAUAUGUCAGCUUUAAGAGCCCUUACGGACGGAACUGAUCUAUAG